AUGCGUUCUCAAGGCCUCACUCUUUUCCUCUUGGGUACCCUCGUGGCAGCAAGCCCUCUCGCUCGUCGCGAUGCUUCCACUGUCCUUGCUGAUCUCAAAACUAUCGGCACGAAUGUGGGCACCCUAAUUACGGCCAUCAAAAAUUUUGACGGCACUCUGGUUGGUACUGUCCCCAUCACCACCGAUGAAAGCACCGUGGAGCCGGACAUCAAAAAAGCCAUCACCGACACUACCGCGUCCUCAGCAUUCAGUGCCGCCGAUAGCAGCAGCGUCACUCCUUACCUUUUGAGCUUGAUUCCCGAGAUUGAGCAGACUACCGGUGACCUUGUUAGUUAG